AUGGUGAGGUUCCUCUGUCGCCACGCCACCAUCAUGCUCGUCUUUACGAUCGGCAACUGCAGGGCCGUGCUCAUCGAUUCCAACUACUACAUGCCCUUUCUGGCCGAUCUCCAGGAGUACUACAAAAUCUCGGGUAUCUCCAUACUCUACGACGACAACGUCGAAGGUCUCGAGAUGCAGACCAACAUUGCCGGUUUCCUGCGGGGCUUCUCCAACCGGUUGAUACCCACCCAGGCCCUCCACUACUCGAGAGUCGAGGAGAAAGCGGAUUACGACAUAUCGGUGCACGCCGAGUCGCUGUUCGUCGCGUUUCUCACCUCGGAGAGGGUGUACGAGAAUUACAGGAGGGCAACCCAAGGCUACGACAUGUCCUACCACACGUGGCUCGCCGUCUUCAUCGGCGACCGGAUGAACGGCCUCUGCUACCAGCCCACGGGCAAUCCCUUCCACCUGUACUUCAACUCGAGGAUGAUCGUGCUCUGUCACGCCGACCUCACCAUUUACAAGUGGUACUCGAUCUACAGGAAUCGCACCGAGGUCCUCGAACUCGCCAAGUGGGACAAGGACCGCAACGUCAUCUUCGAGAACCAGAACUACUACGAGAGCCGGUUCGACCUCAGCGGCAAGGUCAUCAGGGUCGCUACGCCGACCAACUCGACCUCGGACACGUCGGCAAAGAUGUACGGUUUCUUCAACGACUUGUUCCGGGAGCUCCAGAGCUUCAUGAACUUCACCCUCACCAAUGUCUACGAAACGGACGCCUUCGGGAAAUACGACCCGACCAACGACACGUGGUCAGGCCUCAUCGGUCACCUGAGCGACGGCGAAGUCGAUCUGGUCGUGGCACCUGUCACCAUUACCAAGUAUCGCAUGGACUACGUGGACUUUAGCAAACCCUUGAUACUCUCGUCCAACCGGUUGUACAUCAAACAGCCGCUCGGCGCCCGGGUGCCGUGGUCCGCGUAUUUCCAGGCGUUCAGUAUUUCGUCGUGGGGUAGUAUAGCGACGACGUUGGUUGUCUCGUCGCUGUUGACGGCCUACAUCAGGGCAAUGCUCGAAAAGUCGAAGCUCGCGCGAAAGUCCAUGAAUUACGUGCUGGAAAAUUUCAUCCGCAUCUGGGGCAUUUACUGCCAACAGGGAGUGCCAGAUCUGCCAUCGGAGAUACCGUUGCGUUUGGUUUAUGUCACGGUGAUGCUGCUCACGCUCGUCAUCUGGAACGUGUACUCGGCCUCCAUAUGUAGUUAUCUCACUGUUUUGACGCCGAGUUUACCGUUUUCGGAUACGAAGGGUUUCGUCGAUGAUGGAUCGUACAAAGUAAUCGUCGUUCAAAACAGCAGCGACCAAUCGGCCAUUUUGAGUACAAGGGAAUAA